AUGAAUACUCCGAGUGUAAAAGAUCUACCGGAUGACGAUUCUCCAAAUCUCUACGCAGUGUUCAAUGUGUGGGAACCGCCCAGACGUUUGAGUCGGUCUACAAGGUAAAGAAGGACAAUUUUCUUUCGCGCCCUGGAAAACCAUGAGUUGAUAAUGAUCUUGAGUUUCUAUUACCCAGUUGUUCAUUUAUAUGAUUGUUGUAAUUUAGAUCUAAAGAAAUCUUGGGUCUUGCAGAAGCUUGUGCAGGUCUUUGUGAAGUGUUCGAUCUGCCAAGUAUAGCUAUUUUGAUGAAUCGGAAUGUUUCUUGUUGGUUUUGAACAAAUUUAAUUAUUGUUAUUGAUGAUUCGUAAGUUUCCGCGCGUUCGAUUCCAUGAUCGCCCCGUUUUACACGCAAUGUACAUGCUACAGUGUUAAUGCUUUAUGAGAAAAUUGAUUAACUUUUCCCGUUGAAGCACAAGUGGCAAAACUAUUACCUAUAAUACUUUUAUUACAAAGAUUCAUAAUCUUAUAUACAUUAUUGCAGACCAGUUUUGAGUGUAAAAAGCUGCAUUAGAGUUCCUUUGUCCUUUUUCUUUUGGAAGAGAAGCCUUUAACGUCAUCUAUUUCUCAUGAGUUGUUAAAAUCACCUGUUAAGUGAAAUCUUUUUAAGUAAGUAAUAUAAUGAAUUAUUUUCUGUAGAUUUCCUCUCUUGUGUAGGGUUCUUUGAACCCUUUAGUGACCAACACAGAAUUUCUCCUUACAAUAUCAGUACAAGAUCAAGCAGGCAAGCAAUGAAAAUAAAAAAAUAAAAUUAAUCAGGAGAUUGUUAGUUGAUUCAAUACCAAUUUCUCUGAACUAACAUCAGAAGAAUUGCAGGGCAGGCAAUAAUGAGAAUUUCAAAUGAGAUCUCGGAGCAUAACUAAGUUGUGUUGAAGAUGAUGAUUAAGAUGAUGAUGAUAAUUAUAAUUAUUAAAUACAUGAACUAUUACACUUACUUUAUUUAUGGUAGAAUUUUACUGCUUCUUGAUUAUUUCUUUUCUCUGUCUGCAGUGAUAAAGAAAGAGGAGACAACAAAAAAUGCUUCCAUUGCCGUUUCCCACUACCGCUGCCAGAACAAAUCAUAAUUUUUAGUCUUGGAAAAUGGGAAGUGAAUUUCAAGGGACAGGAGAUAAUAGCAGAAGUAUCUCUUGAGGCAGAGACUCCACCCCAGAAAAUAGGCACACUAUCAUGCAGGAGUAAAGCGCUUUGUUGGGAUGAGGGAUGGAAGACAAAGUUUUUUAAAAGAAGUGAAGAGCUUACAGAAGAGGUACUACAUUUGUAUUAGAAUAUUGCUGUUUUGCCAAGGAUUAUUCCAUCAAGAGAUCUGUCCCUAAUUUUUCUUUCCCCUUGAAGAAAGAAGAGCAUUUGAAGAGGAGGGUGUGAAACCAACCAGUGUCAAAUCUUGUGCUAUGUCUCUUUGACUUCCCCUUAUUUUUUUAAUAUUUGCCUCAAAUCAAGGCAGACCAUUUUUGUUCAUGUUUUGCCCUAGUUUCAUCUUUUGAUUUAGAAAAAUAUUGUAUACAAAAAAAACCCAGUCUCAUUUUGGCUGUCAUUGUGAGUCAUUGUGAGUCCUUUGUUGUAACUAUAGCAAUUGAAUUUGAGUCUUGAGCAUCCCAUUUGUGUUCUGUUCUGCUCUGGCAGUGCCCAGUGGCCUCUGGUACCUUAUUUUUGCUCCUGGGCAACCAGGGAAUCUUAGUUUUUUCAUAAAAAGCAUAUGUUGGGCACCCUGGAUUUCACAAUUUCAGAGCACUGAGCUCCCUUCAAUUUUUCAUAAAGCACAGCCUUGUGUUCUCAGAACUGUUUUUGAAAUCUGAAUUGACUGGAUCUUACAAGCUUUCAAAAAAACAAGUUUAGCAAUUGUUUAUUAAAGACAAAAGUAGGUUGCCCGUGGUGCUUGGGGUUCGUUCAAAGUUUACUCUUUACUGCUAUUUUAUUUUUAGAACAUUAUAAUGCAUAACUAUGCAAUACAGACUAAACUAAAAAAAUAAUAGCCUUCUACAAUGCAGACCCACAUUUAUCAUAGAUUAUGAAUUGAUUUUGAUGCUUUAAUUUUUAGGGGCGAAUGGCUAAGCUGACCCUAAGAACUGUGAAUGAAAAAUGCAAUGAUGAAAAAGAAAACAAGAAAUUUUGUGAACAUGCUGUACUAUCACCAACACAGGAAACUCAAGGAGAUUCUUCCAAUAGUCCUGUCACACCAGGAAGUUUAAAAAAUCUGAAGCAACAAAAGCUCAAUUUCAAUGAAUGUACAAAGAUGGAGUAUUCUCCUGUGGAACCAAAAGAUGUCAUUUCAUCGCCACCCACUAAGAAACGGAGACAGAGCAAUGCUGAAACGUGAGUAGAUUCUUAACCCUUUACACCUCAACAUCAGUAGGCAUACUCUCCAUGCAGCUCCCUAAACAUUCCCUAAGGUGCUGACAAGGAGAAUUUCAAGAGUUUAGCUUCUUUAGUUGGUGAUCAUUUUAAAUAUUCUCAUGACCUUAAUGUGUGAUUCAGUGAUGAUAUUGUAAGGAGAAAUUAGAUGCUAGUCAUUCUUAGGGGUCUAAGGGUGAAUUUCUCAGAGGUCUGUGCUACAUUUUAUCAGUUUUGGAAAGUCUGAUUAAAGUAUAGACAUAUAUGCCCUACUAAUUUCUAUAUAAUUAGCUGAAUUGCACAAGUUUUUUAAUUUGCUCUUGGUUGAUCUAUUGGAGGACAGAUGCAUAAAUGAGGUCACCAUUAUCAACAUUUUGCUUUUUUAUCAAAUAAAUGAACCCCUAAGAGUGACUAGCAUCUAAUUUCUCCUUACAGUAUCACCCCUGAAUCAAACAUGAAGGUCAGGAGAAUAGAGGAACUGAUCACCAACUAUAGAAGCUCUUGAUUGUUAGACAAAUUCUCCUUGUCAGUACCCUGAGAAAUGUUUAGAGAACAGUAUGGAGAAUAUGCAUACUGAUGUUAGGGUGUAAAGGGUUAAUAAAUUCCAUAUUGCCAGGUAUCUGUUCAAUAAAAUAGAUCACAGAAGAUGUUGUAAUGUGAUAUACCACACAUUAACCCUUUAACUCCAGUGAGUGACCAAGACAGAAUUUCUCCUUACAAUAUCAACACAAUAUCAACCAGCUAAGAGAUGAGAAUAAAGAAAGAUAUCAAUUUGUGGAUAAUUAGUCAAUCCAAUACUAAAUUCUCAGAACUAACAUUAUAAGAAUUGUAUGGUUGACAGUAAGGAGAAUUACAAAUUUGAUCUGAGAGUUAAAGGGUUCAUCUGUGAUCUUACCGAACUGAAGUACAGCAAUAUAAAAAGGAAUCAAUUUGUUGAUCAGUUAAUCCCAUGUCCUUCAUAAAGCCUCAGGUAAAUUACAGUCUUCAUUGGCUAACUGUUCCUUUUUUUUUCUUGCUUUUAAAAGUCCUAUUCAAGGUCAGAGACAUAAUUCCAGAAGAGGUUCAAGUAGUGCCAAAAAGAAUCACAGAAACAAUCCAGUUAAGAGCCCUGAUGUGCUGACACCACCUGACACUCCAUCGACCAUCAACAUGGGUGAUGGUAAGUUUAUGAAAAUCUCACGAUACACUUUAUUCUAAAUGCAACAAACUAAUAUGUUAAAGAGAUCAUCUGAAUGAAAGAGUUGCAUUACAUUCUAUGGUGGUCUAAUAGCACCCCAUUACAUUAUUGGAAAUGUAUCCUUUGCACUUUAAAAUUAUCACAUCCUAUAUAUUUUCUAUGCAAAAUCUCAAGAACAUAUCAAUUUGGGGUACAUUUUUUGUCAUGCAUCAUAAACAGAAGAAGUCCUAAAGAGUUAAUUAAUGAAUUUCUGCAUGGAAGGCAACUCAUAUUUGUUUUCAAGUUUUUGUUGUAUUAUAUGAAAUUACAAUGGCAAGUAGUUACAUGCUUUAUUUCCUUGAAUUAAUACCCAUGCUCUUAUACUUGCCCUCCCUAAAAUAAGUGCCCACCCCCUCAGGCUAAUACAUCAAUGACUGCCCCCCCCCCCUCCUUUGUCACUUUUUCAAAUAGAAGGAAUACAAGGAAAACCUGUUUCUGUUGCCACUUUAUUUAUAACUUUUUAAGCUUUGACUACAGCGGAAUCAGUACAGUUUAGUAGCUUCUUGGUUAGCAUCCCUUCUAAUAAGCGCUCUUUUUUUCAAUAAGUCCCCCUCCCUCGAGCCAAAAUUUAAAAUGAGCAGCUGGGUGCUUAUUCAAGGAAUAUGGUAAACAAGCUGGUAUAUUUACUUGUAUUCAUUAGUGCCAUCAGGCCGAUGGGGGCAUGACAUGUGUUUGAUUGACAAGAGGAAGGCUAUUCUAAUUGGAGGACAAGGAAACAAGCAACAGAUGGCAAAAGAUUCUGUUUGGACUUUGAAUUUGUCCCAAGGUUAGUUAUGCCAUGUCUUUUCCACACUUCCUAUGGAAAAAUUAGUUUUACAGGGCUUAUAAAAUAUGUGUAGCUCAGCACUCUUUAAGUUGCUACAUGGAAACCUUAAGUUAUAAAAUGGUUGUGUCAAAUAACAUUUCAGUUCCUCAUCCCAAAGUGGAACUGAAAAUUUGUACAACAUUCAUAAUUACUUAUUUAAAAUAUUUCAAGCAAAUAUAUAUCACUUUACAAUUUAUACCAUGAUAAGCAAUAGAUGAUAAGGAUACUGAUAAAUGUACUUGCUGCAUGACUGUAGUAAACAGGUCACUAAAGAGACGACUUUUGCUGAAAAAUUAGUUGACAAAAUUUUUUUCUACUCACCUUGGGGACUGAAACAGGUGCAGGUUAGAGCUCCUUAAUAUUGCAAGCAUAGCACCUGGUAGAGUCUGAUUGUUUAGAUUUUGUUGUACAAUGUUGCACAGUGUCCUUCCUUACUACUUUUACUAUUUUGUUUUUAGUGACAACACACCAUAUUAAUGAUUUAAGGUUACCAAAGGCAACUUUGAGAAAAGUUUUCCUUUCAUUCUGUGCUGUGAUAUAAUGUUGAAUUUGCUUGAUGGAAUAUUUUUUUAAGGAUGCCCAUCUUGGCAUGAGGAGAGCUGCAUAGGAGGUGGUGCUGAUAGGCGAAUUGGACACACAGUCACGUAUAACCCAGAGAAGAAAGUGUUGUAUGUGUAUGGUGGUUCAAAAACAAAGAGAUGGUUUAGUGAUGUAAACAUUCUGGACUUGAAAACAAAUACCUGGUCAGCUGUUAAGGUUAGUGAGAACAAAUGUAAGCACAUUGAUUUGCUUCAUUAGGUCAGGUCCCAAGAUUUCAUCCAUGCCUGUCACCUCUGAUUACUAAAAAUUUCCUUUGUAACUAGAGGAAGAAGUGGUAAAAUGGCCAUCACCCUGGGCUCUGGCUGAUUUUUUAUUGAUUCUCAUCACCUGUUUGUUAAACAAUGUAUGAGAAAGGCUAGGAGAAGUUAUAUUUCUAUCACUUUUCAGAUUGAAAUAAUCCAACAUUAAGGUGGUAUGCAGCAAAUCAAUUUCAAAUUGCUUGCUUCCUUUAGCUGCUAAUCUGGCUGGGUUUUUAUGAUAGGUAAAUGCUUACAUCUUAUGAUAAAUUCUUUUGUCAAACUGUAUCAUAUGAUUUUUAACUCUCCCCCGUCAAUUCUUCUGACACAUUGCAAUGCAAAUAUUUGCUCUCUCUUUCAGGCUGUUGGUAAUGCUCCCACUAGAGCCUAUCAUAGCUGUAACUUGUUCUUUGGGGAGCUGCUUGUAUUUGGUGGUGUGUUUCCAAAUCCUGAUCCAGAACCUGAUGGCUGUAGUAAUGAGCUUUAUAUCUUCAACACAGGAUCAAACAACUGGUACAAACCAAUCACAAGAGGAACCCCACCCAAACCAAAAUCAGGGUAAUUGAAAUUAACUGUUUCCUAGUAAAAGAUAAAGUCUUACAUGUGAUCCAAGUGACAAUGCUGGUGUUCUACUCCAUGAGUUUUGUUGGCAUUAGUGACCAAAGCAGCACUUAAUCAUCUUAUUCAAAGCUUCAACCUCCCCCCUGCCCCUCAGGAAACCCACAGGUAUUUGACUGUUGUCAGAACCCAGGAGUGGGGAAUUUGAACCUUGCAUGGGUGGGAUGGGGAUAUGGACAGACUACACAUGUUUUAAUUUUAAACAUAGAGGAGAUUAAACAUAAAGAGUCAGCUUUUGUGAGCAAAUGGCCUAGAAGGAAACUUCCUCUUUUUAGAAUGAUGCUUUUGAGCAAAAAAUCAAACAGCAGCACUGACAACUGCUACAUGACCUUGCUAGAUAUUAUAAAAUUUGCUGAUCACACAAGAAAUAAUUCAAUAACAAAUUGUAAUUUAGUAUUAUCAACUAAGUGGAUGAUGUAAAUUGGCCAUCAUAGAGUUUAAAAGCUGAUGUUCUGAGAAUUAGCCCUUCGUGAAUUCUCUCGCAAAGGGUUAACACUCAACUUAUCAAUUUAUGUUAUCAACUCAGUCGACAAGGCUAAAUUACCCUGUUAUACUCUCCCACCAACACAGUUUCUUACCCCCUUUGAUUAAAAUUUGUGCUUGAGUGGGGCAUUUCAAUGCAUUUUUCCCAUGGGGGUGGAGGGGGGGGGGAAAUUGAAUUAACCAUUCUACAAAAGUUCGAAAGCCAGGGGGGUGGCCCAGGGGAAUAUUGAAAAGUGAAAGGUCCAAAAUUGUGUAACUCUUCAUAGUGCCAAGUUGAGGCUUUGCAAAAUGUUUAGAGUAUGUACUGCUUUGGUUGUGAUUGGUCUGGAAAUGAAGGGAACUCUGUUGUGACUCUUGUGUAGAAUUCUUUUUGGCAGGGAUCUGUUUGUUGAGAUUUAACUUAGAUUUUCUCCUUCUCUUGACAGACACUCAGCAUCUUUAUUAGGUGACAGAUUGGUUAUAUUUGGAGGCUGGGAUUUUCCACAAUGUUACAAUGAUGUUUCAAUUAUUGACUUGGGUGAGUUUCAGAGCAACUUGCUUUUAACAAGCAGUCUAUAAUGUUUGCUUCCUCCUCUGUAAAUUUGCUGUUAGGAAAUUAUUCAGCUUGCUACAGAAGUGCAGGGACAAAACAAACUUCACAGCUAUAUGGGGGAUGUUGAUACCUUGAAUUGAAAGACACCUAAGACACCUAACACUCCCAAGUCCAAACCAAGUAUGAUUUAAAAAACUGUUGAUUUGGUUUUGAAUUCAGCAAUGAUGGAGUUUUCUAGUCCUAUUUUAUCUGGCACCCUUCCAUCACCUCGUAGUUGGCAUGCCUCAGCUGUUCUUCCCCAACAAAGGAUUUUCAUUCAUGGUGGUUAUGAUGGUGAACAGAUCCUCACAGACUCAUUUGUACUUGAGCUAGGUGAGUUCAAUUUUUUUUUCUUUUGUAUUGGUGUACUUGUCAGCAACUCACAAAUGUCAUAGAUUACAUAUUUUGGCGCAUUAUGUGUGACCCUCUCUUAGUUCUGAAGUUUGUUAUGUUCCUUAAAAGUAAGUAUUUUAAGGUUUAUUUAUUUGUUAAGAUCCCUUCUCCCCACCCUUGGAGAGAUCCUGUUUCCCCCCCAAGUACCUUCUGUUCCUACCUCUGUGCCAUGAACAUGGUAGUUCAUCUCCCCAUUAAAGAAUGCUAACAGAAAUGAUGUACAAUUUUUAAUUCUGAUUGUAGGAACUUUAACUUGGAUUACAGUUAAGACCAGUAAAAGCCUCACAGCAAGGGCAGGGCAUGUAGCUCUAUUUCUUCCUGUGGAGGGUGAAGAAAAAGAGAAGGAAGAAAUUGCUGUGUUUGGUGGUGGUGACAAUGCUGGAGGAUACUUCAAUGAUCUAGUUGUCUUUUCACCCAGCACUUGUUAACCUUACAAUGCACCAGGCAACUUAUUGUGUCAGAAGAUUAUUAUGAACAUCAAGCUGUUUCUAAAGUAAUUAAUAAGAAGGAAAUAUUCAAGUGAAAGGGUUCAGUUUUCAGUUCAUAUUUGUUAUAACAAAUAGAGUAGUUGUGUGGUAGGAUUCUACUGCAAACUGUUAAAUAAAUUAUAGAAUCUGUAGUGUUAGAAAUAUAACAUAUGAUGUACUUAUUGACAUUUUUAAGUAUUUCAUAACCAGACUAGUUAAAUAAGCUGAUCCAGGGUGAACAUUUUGAUGUAAUUUUGAUUGUUUUUUUGUAUAUAGUGUGUCAGAGCUUUGUUUUGAAAAGCAUGUUUUGAAGGCAAGGUUUUAAAUUUUGCAUUGAAUGUAAGGUAAAACUGGACCCAACAAAAAGGCUGAGUAAACUUCAGUAAACCUCAAAAACACAAAUUCAUGCUAACCUUGGUUCAUUUUAACCCUUUAACCCUUAAGAGUGACCAGCUUCUAAUUUCUCCCUAAAUAUCACCCCUGAAUCAAACAUUAAGUUCACGAGAAUCAAGGAAAUGAUCACCAACUUAUGAAGCUCUUGAUUGUUGAACAAAUUCUCCUUGUCAGCACCUUAGGAAGUGUAUAGAAAAUAGUAUGGAGAAUAUGCAUACUGAUGUUGGGGUGUGAAGUGUUAAUCAUGUUUUGAACUACCAGCUUCAAGUUCUAGUUUUUUUUUUUAAAUUAAACUUCAAACUGUUUGUAACUUAUUUUACUUAGUAUGUUAGACUUGCGAGUAUUAAACAUGUUGAUUCCAGGAUGCAGGAGUGAAUAUUACAUAAACAAUUAUUACUUACUUUGCUAAAGCAUAUUAUUCUUUGUAGAGAAAGUGUAGCUCAAAAAAAAACUUUCCCUCUUAUCUUCAAACAAAUGCUCUUAUUAUAUACCUAGACUUUCUGUCAACAAAACAAGCACUGUGAUUGAUUGAUUCUUGGUCACAUGCCCCUGAUCCAAUUCAAAUGUAUCCUGACUGGGAAAAAAUUGCGCAGUUGUUGCUCAUGUGCCUAGUCCAACA